AUGCAGGGCUUCAUCUCCCAGCCACUUUCCACCCACUUGGCCAUCAAGUGUGAUGAGCAGCCAUCUGUGGGCAUCCAACUGAACUUUGGGGCUUGUGCAGAGUGCAACAAGAGAGACUUUGUGCUGAUCGCAAACAGAGCAACUGAGGAGGAGGAUGGAGAAGAAAUCAUCACCUAUGACCACAUGUGUGAGAACUGUCAUCAUGUGAUAGCCAGGCAUGAGUACACAUUCAGUGUGGUGGACGAUUACCAGGAGUACACCAUGUUGUGUCUGUUGUGUGGCAGGGCUGAGGACUCCAUAAGCAUCCUGCCUGAUGACCCUCGCCAGAUGGCCCCGCUCUUCUGAAACUGGCACCCAGGGUAUUUUCAACUCAAUUAUGACACCAAACCAUCACCAAAGCAAAGUGUUUGGACCCGCUGCCCUUUGCACUCAUAUUUUGCUCCUUGGGAAUCCCAGAAGCUGGUCUGCGCUUCUCCUUGCCGUGCACUGUGUAGCAUGAUUACUUGUGUUUAUCCCUCUACAUCAGGGGUUCCCAACCUUUUUAUGCUGAGGACUGGCAAACUGUGGAAUGGAAGUGACCGGCAUACUGCGGAUUGGCAGCCAACCCUUUUUUAUGCUGAGUAUAAACAAGGGUUGGCUGCCUGCCCGCAGUAUGCUGGCACUGCUGGUCCACAGUUUGCUGGUCUGGCAGCCAACCCUCCUGUGGACCGGCAGCCAACCCUUCACAGCCCGGUACUGGGCCCAGGGGUUGGGAACCUCGGCUCUACAUGAUGGGCUGUUCAGAGCUGUGCUGGGGAUGUUCUAGCAGCUUUGUGACUGCAGCCAGGCCACAGGUUAAACCAGAGUGUUGCGUUCCAGGCCCAUAGCUUCUGUUUGCCCUAAAGAUACGGGUAGCUGCCGUGCGGCCCCAGGGCUGUCCCUCCCAACCAUGUCCCUUUGUUACCUCUCCUCCUCCCAUCUCCCCUCCCUUCCUGGUUAAAUUCUCCUUCAGACAAAAGGCCUAGCAGACACCAUGCUUGCAUGCACGUAAUAAAAUCUGUGCCUUGG